AUGUCCUCGACGGGCUCGGUCGCUCCGACGGCGUCGGACAGCGGCCUGACGCCGUCCGAAGUUGUCGGCUACAAGGUCGCGGGUUACAUCUCACUCUCGCUGUACGCUGUCGUCACGGUCGGUAUCGCCGCGCAGCUCUACAUGCACAUCACGCACCACAGCGACCUCAAGCGCAUCGGUUUCCACCUCCUCCUGCUCUUUGCUGUCGCUGCCGAGACGCCGACGAGCCUCCAAUUCAUCGUGAACCCCAACAGCACUCAGUGGAUUGGUAUGUUUCUGUGUGAAGUCUACGCCCAGCUGCUGCAGUGCUUUGCGCUUGCCAUGAUUGCGCUUGCAUGGGCUCGCGCCGCAGCCGCGGGUCACCACGAUGGCCCUGUGACGCUGCGCAAGGUCGUUCUCGCGUGCAACGUUGUCAUCUUCCUCUGCGUUCUCGGCUCAUCCUGCGCGAUCGCCACGUACCCCGACACACUCGCAGGCCAAAUCGACUUUAUGAACAGCCCACUGUACUACGUGCUCGUCGUCUCGGGGUGCGUGACGCUCCUCGGCACCGGCUUCUUCCUCGUGUACCAAGGCUGCUGCAUUGCGUCGAGGCUCCUGCGCGCCCGCGCCGUCCUCGGCGAAGACGAAGUCUACCGGUCGCUCUCCAAGCUCCUCGUCUCUCUCUGGACCAUCAUGCUGUGCAUCUGCCUCCGCGUCUUCUUCACGGCGUGCUUGGCGCUCGACGUGGCGUUUAUCGAGAACAUGGACAUCGUGCCCUUCACCGUCUGGUCGACGCUCGUGCCGGACGUCUUCCCGGCGCUCUGCCUCCUCUACCUCCAGCGCAAGACGCCGACCGAGAUGACGCACCGCCGAAAACAAGUUCGCGUCGCGUCGCAAGCGCCCACGGAACCGUACAUGAUGCACACGACCGAAGUUAGCCCCGUGUAG